CUGUGCCCAACUGAAUCCAAUCCGAAUCCCCAUCUUCGCAUCCGCAUCUGCAUCUGCAUUCCGCCGCCCAGGACGAGCACCCAGUGGCCAAUCCGCAGACCAUGUCGCCCAAGUACACACAUGCGAUUGUGGCCAGAAUCUCGGAUGCCCUGCUGGAGAACGGGAAGUUCGAUGUACAACUGGCCAAGCAGCAGCACGAGCAGUACUGCACCCUCCUGCGGACCAUUGGCCUCGAUGUGAUCGAGCUGCCGCCGGAUGACCAGCUGCCCGAGGGCGUAUUCGUCGAGAACAGUGCCGUGAUCUGUAACGGAGUGGCACUGAUCGGAAGAUCGGAGCAUCCCAAGCGGCGACUCGAGGCCGAGAGCAUGGCCAUUAUCCUCAAAAAAGAGCUAGACAUUCCGGUCAUCGAGAUCGAGGAUCCGCAAGCUCUGCUCGAUGGUGGCGACGUGCUUUUCACGGGUCGCGAAUUCUUCAUUGGCAUCUCCAGUUUCACCAACGAGGAGGGAGCCCGGGCGGUGGCCAUGGCCUAUCCCGAAUAUCCAGUGACGCCGAUUCGGGUCAACGGCACCAAGAGGCUGAAGUACUAUGUGACCAUGGCGGGGCCGGAAGUGCUGUGUGUGAGCAGUAGCCCCACCUGCCAGGAGAUCGUGAAGCGGAUGGAGCGCGAGGCCAUCUGCACCUACCAGAAGUUGACUCUGCCCGAGGAGAGUGCGGCCAAUAUGCUGUACAUCAACGGAACGAUCGUGCACAGAUCGCCGACGGAAAUUCCAGAAGCCUACAAGACUUUAAAAGAGAAAAUCGACAUUCCAACACGCAACAUAAAUAUUAGUGAAUUUAGCCAAUAUUCCAGUGGUCUGACCUCGUCGUGUUUGUUGCUGCGACGCUGGAAGUCCAUACGGAGCUUGUGAAUCUCUCUGGGAGCUGAGAGGAUCACCCGACCGGAGUGAGAAGCAUUGCCAUGAGAAACAUGCACAACAGCCCCAAGGAGCGGGAAACUGGAUGCAUUCCCUGCUCUGUCCAGGCAUCAGCAAAAUUGUAUUAUCUUAUUAUAGUUUAUACACAUCUCUUGUUAUUGUUACAAAUUAAGAUUAAACCUUUGACGCUAAUCAAACUGAUCGUCGCUGAGGCGUCGCUGCUGUUACUUUCCCAGCCCAUUGUUACGUUAUAAGUUGUGUAAUUCAAUCAGAGCUGGAAAGUAUCAUCGCCGUCGACGUCCAGAUAGAUGAUCGCCAUUCCUCCACUCACACUCCAUGACGGUGUUGAACGGAUAUCAUUGUAUUAAUAUGGUAAAAUUGCUAUUAUGAAUUGUAUCUACUUUACAAGUAGUUUGUUGAAUGUGUUCACUGUCUGUCCUCGAAAUAAAUGCAACAUUUGUAAUCUCUUCUUAAAAAACUUAAA